AUGCGUGAAAGCCUGCGAAGAUUCUGCAAGGCUGUACAGUGCGAGUUCGGCCCGACCUACUUGCGGAGCCCCACGGAGAGUGACAUGAGAGCACUGCUGGCACAUAGUGAAAGCGUGGGCUGGCCUGGAAUGCUUGGCAGUAUUGACUGCUGCCAUUUGGCCUGGAAGAAUUGCCCGAAAGCUUGGGCUGGUCAGUACCAAGGCAAAAGUGGAGAGCCCACUGUUGUGCUCGAGGCUGUGUCGGACACACGGGGCCGCAUUUGGCACUGUUUCUUUGGGAUGCCAGGGGCAAAUAAUGACAUCAAUGUCUUGGACAAUUCGUCACUUUUAUUUGACGCCAUUCAUGGAACAACACCACGCGUUGAGUUUUCAGUAAAUGGCCAAACGUACGACCGCCCAUACUGGCUGGCGGACGGGAUUUAUCCCAAAUACAGCGUCUUUGUGAAGAUAAUCAGCAAUCCGUCAACGACAAAAGAAGCGCACUUUAGCAAGGCACAAGAGUCACGUCGUAAAGACGUAGAGCGGAUGUUUGGCAUGCUGCAAGCUCGCUGGCAUUCUCACGAAUCCCUGCCGACUCUGGAGCAAGGAUGCCAUGAAGGAUGUCAGAUGGAUCAACGUGAAGUCAUGGCGGUGCCGCCCUCCGAGUGGGCUAUAAACUCUCCACCCCCCACUCGUGCAUCCGGAAAUGUUGCACAUGCCGAGCGCCUCCGCGGUGCGUUUGCGUCCGUCAUCGAUUCAACUGUGCACCAACGUCUCCAAAAUGAUUUAGUGGAACACCAGUGGCGCAUUCGGCUUCAUAAUUCAGAAAAGUAA